AUGCGGGGAAGCGGGAAUGCAUGGUACUAUGGCGACUCCCGACCCGAGAUAAGAGCGGCUGCUAAUGACUGGCAUGUCGCCAUCCCCACGUCCUAUGAGCCCGAGCCCGCUCAGCGGUCAAGACGGUACCGAGACCGUGGCCUCAAAGCCUCCAGUGUACGCCUACCCCACCUCGUACCCCUCAGGUCUGGUAGUAAGAGGUAUACCAGACCUUGGAGCUCAGACGAUGAGGCGCGCCAGAAGGUGAGGCGACCCGCCAGCCAACCACCUCGGGCCUCCCAGGCAUGUCGGUCUUGUGCGGCGUCCAAGGUGCGCUGCGACGAUCUUCUGACCUGUCGGCGAUGUCGGAAGAAGGGUGUGUCUUGUGUGAGGCCCGCACAUUGGCGAGAAGGCGAAACGGCUGAACCUCAUUCAUCAAUCGAGAGCCGUGCCCCUGAAACAAGGCUCCCUGGUCAUGGCAGUUCCUCUAGCUCUCGAGCCCACUUACUGGCUCCCGUUUCGCCAUCAAGCGUUGAUUCUCGCCUUGUGGGAAGCACAGCGCCGGAUGCGAACUCCAACUUGCUUCUCAUUACUGAUAACACUCAAGACCAGUCCCUGGCCAACUCUGCCUCGAUGGUGAACUAUGGCUCUCCUCAGUCAAUCAUCGCGGUAGAUCCUCUCCUAUCACUUGGGGAGGUGCCAUACAUGGACGGUAUCUUCGAAUUCCCAUUCCUCACCCCUCAUGAAUUGUCUGGCUUGGCAGGUUUCUACAGUGGACCGAGCGAGCAAGCCGUGGACUCCUUUUUCCACAGUCUUGAUCACCAUGACUCUCAACAGAGCCCACGAGGCGACCGAGAGAGGGCGGACGCCCUAACACCAGCAAGCCUGACGUCAAAUGAGGCAACCAUCUCCAGUGAGGCUGUCAAGGCCUAUGAUCACGCGCUGGGCAACUGGCGUCCGCGACCAAGAGAUUAUCUGACUCAGGACAUAAUGUCACUUUCGAUAACGCCCAAGGAACAGACUUCAAUGCGGGGUCGAAUGGGCUACUUUGAUCCAACUGUGAUCCCUGACCAGAUACCGUCGGCUAGGAGGGAUGAGAUGGUUAUCGUUGCGAGCCACUGCUUCGCGACCAGCCGGUCAACACAGCCCAUACCCUGUUUCCCCUCUGUCGAAAUCCUUGAUGAGCUACUCAAGAUCUUUCUAACGGCACAGAAGGACCAGCCCAUGAGUUUCAUUCAUAUUCCGCACUUCUCUGUCUCCAGCUGCGAGAUUUCACUCCUCAUGGCUUGUAUCGCAGCCGGAGCUGCUUCAUCGCCCAACCUGACCGCCCACCGGUUUGGGCUUGCUUUGGUGGAAGUUUUGCGCCGGGAUCUCCCGACCCAGGCCGAGCAGGAGAAUACCCUCACUCGGACAACCCCCUAUGUUCAAGCUCUGGUCAUCGUAUCAGAUGUCGCACUCUGGAGUGGAGACAAGCGAAAGUCGGAAAUAUCUGACAUACAGUCCGCGUUCGCCACCACGCGGGCCAUGGUGAGGAACACGCCAUCACAGGUCUCGUGCACUGAGGUCUCCAUACCGGUUCCGGAAAAGAAUCAGCUUUGGCUCGCGCGCUCGGCGGGUGAGUGGACGGCCUUGUAUCUUGGACUCCAAGACCCUGUCCACAGUCAGAGGUCGACUCUGACGGGAUGUCUCGCCAACGGCCUAGUGGCUCGGCCUCUUCCACCACAGCAAGAUCGCGAGUUGGCCAUGCUGCUGAUAGCGUACUCUCUGUUGUCAAUGCUGGUGGAAGACCGACGCCGCAUUGUUGCUUUCAAGACUGACGCUGAACUUGACCUGACAUGUCACAUUCUUCCUGGAUCAUCGAUUGCACGUCAUAUCGCCUCGCUCAUGGACGAGCUUCGUGGUGAAAUCGACAUGGAUGUACCAACCCCUGGGUCCGUUGCAACAGCAUUCAUCUUUGAGUUCUACAACUUCAACGCCGCGAGCCCUAACCAUUUGACGGAAGCAUUGCUGGGCAGCGGGAGGAACAUUCCUGCCUGCGAGGCCUUGGACAGGCUGAAAGAGUGGCGGAAAUCUCGACUAGCGAGAGUUGCUGUCUGGCACGCAGGGCAGAUUUUCCGUGUCUGCAGAACGACUCGCCCAAAGGACAGGAGCAACUUUCACAUCUACGCCCUAUUCCACGCCGCCUUGUGCCUCUGGACGUAUGGCAGUGUUGCUGCCAUGGCAUCGACAGACGCCGUCGACACUCGCAAUUCUGAGGCUGUAGGUAACAGGCCCAAGAUUCGAGUGGAUGGCAUAGAGACUCUCCGUAGUCAGCGUUGGAUAAGUCAUAACCAUGGUAUGGCGUACAUUCCCAAAUCAAGAGACGGGAUUGGGGCGAUGGAUCAGGCCACGGAGUUGGCCCCGAUUGCCCCCGAACAUGCCUCGGAGGACUCUUUCAUGUCACCACUACUGGAUGUAGACGGCAAGUCGUUGAGCAUCUAG